AUGUUUGGGAGGAAGAAAAAGGCUUUGUUCAACUUCCUUAAAGACAAGGUCUGGAAGAAGAUUGAAGUGAAUGGGCGCAAUUCUGCUCCUCUGUAUAAAUUCUUGAAGUCCGGCAAAUGGGGAAUUUUAGGUGAUGAUAUCCAGUGGAACUUUGUCAAGUUUUUGGUUGAUAAGAAGGGACAAGCAGUGGAUCGCUAUUAUCCCACGACUUCUCCUCUCAGCCUUGAGAGAGACAUCCGUCAACUUCUUGGUAUUUCGUGA